AUGUUCAAUUCGGACAAUUUCGAUGAAAAGCAGGUUUUCUUUUUUCUUGUGCGCAAUCAUGACGCCAAGAGUUUUUCUCGCAAAAGAAGCUCAUGAUGCGUUUCAGUACUUUCAUUCGUAUGCUCCAGCAAAUCCACAGUACUGCUACGAAACGGCCGUUUUCUAUGAAGCACCAAGCUUUGACGCCUUUGUCGUUGAGCCCAAGCCGGGUGUGCUGCUCGAUCAGGAGCGUUACCUUCCGAUAGGUUAAUCUUUUUUUCAAAUCGAACUAAUUAUGACCGUGCUUUCUCCUCUCUUAGACCACCAGACCUAUAAUUUAAAGUGCAAAUGCAAACCAUGGGAAAGGAAAACAAAAAUCCCCACUUUUCUUUAAUUAGAACAUGGUCGAAUAGGAAAGCAUCUUUCGUGGGUUCAGUUUUGCGACUCUCUAUACAACCACGCCUUCUACUGUCUUAACCUCCAAAAUCUCGACCAUCGACCUUCGUUCUUCAAAGUCGAAAAAAAAAUCUGUUCGAAUUUCAAGAUGAAAUUAUCAAUUUGGUAGCGUGUUCUUUCUUCUCUGCGUGGGAACUACAUUUUCAACUUAGAACUUGUUUUCAGCCAACGUGAGUCGCAUCAUGAAGUCGAUGAUACACCCGUCGGGCAAACUUGCCAAAGAAGCCAAGGAAUGUGUGCAGGAGAGCGUUUCUGAAUUUAUCGCAUUUCUGGCUUCGGAGGCGGCAGAAAAGUGCAAUAGGGUAUGUUCUAUAUCUCAUUUUUUGGUGGUAUGGAAAAAAACACUAGCGAAAAAUCAAACGGCGACUUUUCCGAUUUUUUCAUAUCGCUGGGGAACUUUCCGACGGCCACCUUUCCGACGGAUCUCUUUCCGACCUUUUUUCCUUAUGUUUUUCGGUUUAUAAAACAUCUAUAAACAUUUUUUUUCCUAUUUCUUUGUGUUUUAAUCAUGAACCAACUACCUACUUUAUAUAGGAAAAUUUAAAACGAAGAUUUUAUCGAGAAAAAAAAGUCGGAAAAAGAUUCGUCGGAAAGUUCCCUAGCGAUAUGAAAAAAAUCGGGAAAGUCGCCUUUUGAAUUUUCGCUGGUCUUUUUUUCAUACCACCCUUUUUUUGGGCUGGAAAUGUUUUUUUUGCUAAGUUGGUUUGCUGGUUCCAUGAGUGCGAUAAUUUGCUUUAUGAGAACUACUCUACGUUAAGAAGAAAACAAUUAUUUUGUGACCAAAAAACUUCGUUCAUUCGCUUGAGAGCUUUCAAGUUUAUUUUUUUUUCAGGAACUUUUUUUUUGCAGGAAAAGAGAAAGACUAUCACUGCGGACGACCUUUUGAAUGCUCUUCGUGCGACCGGCUUCGGUAACUAUGUCGAUCCGCUGCGAAUUUUUCUCGACAAGUUUGUACUCUCCUCUUGUUGCCCCUAUAUUGCACUUUUUUUUGGUUUUCGUUCAAGAGGCCUCAUAGCGCUUAGAAAUGAUUUAUUUACUUCAAAAUAAAAACUGGUUUAAUGCUCAUUAUUUAAAGAUACAGAGAAGCUUUUCGAAUAACGGCACCGGCGAACCAACCCCACCGACAUUAUGCGGUAACGUUACCGAUGGAAGCCAACGGACCGCAAAUGAUGGCGACGGCGUACAUCUCGACAGAAUCGACAACGGGCGACGCUCAAACGAUCACACUUCCGGCCGGCUAUACGAUAGCCCAACAGCAAUUGGCCGGAGCUCCCACCGUCGCCACCAACACUUUUACCACCGCCGACGGCACCACUUUUGUCGUCGUGGACGCUGAAGAACGUGUGUUCACUUGA